AUGGACCUGAACGUGACUCUGACCGAGAAACAGGCCUCCGUGCGCUGGAGCGAGUCCCAGACCAUUUUCGGAGUGAGACUCAGGCGGCGGCAGAAGGCAGAACACGGCCCCCCCGCUCGGCUCGUGAAGCCGGGCCUGCGGCCCCGCUUUGGCAUGCAAGACCGUUGCCCCGUGUGCGAGUGCAGGCCACAAAACAACCACCUGACUCGCAGGAACCACACUGGAGAGCAUCCUGGGUCCUGCCGGGACAGCCGUUGCGGAGGGUGGAAGCAUUCUGCCGUGUGCCUGCGGCCGUGCGCUGCCAGCGAAACCCAGACCAUUUUCGGAGACCGUUGCCCCGUGUGCGAGUGCAGGCCGCAAAACAACCACCUGACUCGCCGGAACCACACUGGAGAGCAUCCUGGGUCCUCCCGGGACAGCCGUUGCGGAGGGUGGAAGCAUUCUGCCGUGUGCCUGCGGCCGCGCGCUGCCAGCGAAACCCAGACCAUUUUCGGAGGCGAGAGAAACGGCUUCGCGCAGAGGCACCUCUCGCACCAGCUCCAGGGUCACGAAGCUGGCACUCUUCCGGCACGGGACCGUUGCCCCGUGUGCGAGUGCAGGCCGCAAAACAACCACCUGACUCGCAGGAACCACACUGGAGAGCAUCCUGGGUCCUGCCGGGACAGCCGUUGCGGAGGGUGGAAGCAUUCUGCCGUGUGCCUGCGGCCGUGCGCUGCCAGCGAGACCCAGACCAUUUUCGGAGACCACAUGAGGUUGCUGCUGUGGCUUUGUGUCUUGGCUCUUGGUCUUAGGGCCUGGGGUGAUUUCUCCUGGGAUGAAACACAAGCCAAAGAUGUAUCAGAGGGCUUUCAGGACCUGUUUGGCAACAUCUCUCAUCUCACUGAGAAAGGAAAACUCAGUCUCAAUGAUGUCUUCACAAUUGUUUCUCACAAGGAGUAGGGGGGGAGAGCUGUUGCCUGCAGAACCCCACUGACCAUGCCCGUGGAUUUCCUUGUCACGCACCAUGUCCCUGGACUGGAGUGUCACAACCAGACUAUGUGCAGUCAGAGGCUUUGGGAAUUGCGGGCCCAUCACAUGCACAACAACAGCUGGUGUGACAUGGCCUACAACUUCCUGGUUGGGGACGAUGGGAGGGUGUAUGAAGGUGUUGGCUGGAAUGUCCAAGGCAUGCACACCCAGGGCUACAACAUCUCCCUGGGCUUUGCUUUCUUUGGCACCAAGGAAGGCCACAGUCACAGCCCUGCUGCCCUGUCAGCCAUGGAGGGCCUGAUCUCCUAUGCUGUCCAGAAGGGCCACCUGUCACCCAAGUAUGUUCAGCCACUUCUCGUGAAAGGUGAGAACUGCCUACUCCCUCUUCAGAAGGCAAGUCCCAAGAAAGCUUUCUCCAACAUUAUCCCACGGUCUGCAUGGGAGGCCAGGGAGACCCAUUGCGCCAAGAUGAACCUCCUGGCUAAGUACGUCGUCAUCAUCCACACUGCUGGGAAAACCUGCAUCAUGUCUGAUGAGUGCUACUUGCUGGUCCAAGAUAUCCAGUCCUUCUUCAUAGACAGGUUGAACUCAUGUGACAUUGGGUAUAACUUCCUCGUGGGGCAGGAUGGUGUCAUUUAUGAAGGAGUGGGGUAGAAUGUCCAAGGCUCCCGUGCUCCUGGCUACAAUGACAUUGCCCUGAGCAUUGCCUUUAUGGGCACCUUCUUGGGUACCCCACCCAAUGCUGCAGCCUUGGAAGCAGCCCAGAACCUGAUCCAGUGUGCAGUGGACAAGGGAUAUUUAAUUCCCAACUACCUGCUGGUGGGGCACAGUGAUAUUGUCAACACCCUGUCUCCUGGACAAGCUUUGUACAACAUCAUUAAGGCUUGGCCUCAUUUCAAACACUGA